UAAUAUGGAGGCAAAAAAACUGAUUUAAUGAGCCUGAUCCAACAAAGUCUAAAAGGAGAUCUGGAUAAAGAGGUCGGCAGAUCCUUUUAGCACUUUUUUUUGGCCAGGCAGGGGAAGCUGCUGCAGAGAUUACUAAGAAAAUGGAGAAACAAGAGAAGAAGCGCCUGAAGAAGGAAAAGAAACGCCUAGCUGCACUUGCCCUUGCUGCUUCAGAAAACAGCAGUAGUGCUCCAGAGGAGUGUGAGGAGAUAAGUGAAAAACCAAAAAAGAAGAAAAAGCAAAAACCCCAGGUUCCUCAGGAAAAUGGAAUGGAAGAAGAGCUACCUGUUUCCAAACCCAAGAAAAAGAAAUCUUUUUCCAAGGAGGAGUUAGUUAAUAGUGACCUUGAAGAAACAACCAGCACUGUUAAUCUUCCUAAGAGGAAGAAGUCUCCCAAAGAGGAAGCAGUGAGUGACCAAGAAGAGACAAAGGUUGUUACCAAGAAAAAGAAAAGAAAAUUCACUGAGGAGCCACCCAGCAGCGGGCCUGAUGAGGCUGCCGGCAAUAAGAACAGCUCCAAGAAAAAGGGAAAAAAAACUAUCUCAGAACAACUGAAAUGAACAUUCUCCCCAACCCCAAUAAAAACAAAUUAACAAAUAAUAAUAAUAAUAAUAAUAAAUAAAGCAUCUAGCUGCUUCCAUAAACUUUUCAGAGUUUUCUAGGAUGCCAGUUCAAGCCCCUGGCUCCUCACCUGCAGAGAUUCAUA